CCGCCGGGAAACACCCCGGCCCUCCCUGCCCGGCCGCCCCCACCCCAGGGGGAGCGACCCAAAGUUGCAUUCAGCCAAGGUAUAACUGUAGGUGCUGCUUACGUGAGAAGAGCUGAGCCACAACAGCCAGUUUAUGAGACAGUAAACUGCUUAAAGCUGCAAUUUGUUUCCCUAGAAAGAGCUGGCAGGGGCUGUGUCUUGGGUUGAUAUCAGCUCAGCUGCCAGAACUUUGCCCCACGACGCUGCAGAGUUCCACAUCUUAAUGGAUUGCUGUAGUCUCCUAAUUUCUCCAUUCACCCAGUUUCCUGCCUCGUGAGAAUAUUAGCUAGCACAGAACCUAGAAAAGUUACAUGAAAGUGAACUCAGAACAAAGUAUAGCUACAAAAAAACCCACAAGAUGCCAGCUACCUCCUGUCCAUGCACAGCCAGGGUGUGAACGGAAUGUCUGUGGAUGAGAAGACUGAAUCCCCCAUGUAUGUGUAUGAGUCAACAGUCCAUUGUACCAAUAUCCUCCUGUGCCUCAAUGACCAGCGGAAGCAGGAUAUUCUCUGUGAUGUGACUUUGAUUGUGGAGGGGAAAGAGUUCCGAGCCCACCGAGCUGUGCUGGCUGCUUGCAGUGAAUACUUCUUGCAGGCGUUGGUGGGGCAAACGGAAAAUGACCUGGUUGUCAGCCUGCCAGAAGAGGUCACUGCCAGGGGAUUUGGUCCAUUGUUACAGUUUGCCUACACUGCUAAGCUGUUACUCAGCAGAGAAAACAUCCAAGAGGUCAUCCACUGUGCUGAAUUCUUGCGCAUGCACAACUUGGAGGAUUCCUGCUUCAGCUUUCUUCAGACACAGCUGCUGAACAAUGAAGAUGGCCUCUUCUUGUGCAAAAAGGAUACCGCCUGUCAGCGAAUGCAUGAUGAAGAGAACUCAGAUGGGGAAGAGGAGGAAACUAUGGAAUCAGAGACUUCAAAGAUAUCUUGCCCAAGGGAGAGGAUGCAGCAGGAGCCCUUUAACUUUGAAUCCACUGGUUCUGGAGCAGACAAAGAAGAAGGCAUGUUGCCUGACUCGGACAUACUGAGAGAUAGCAAAGACAGUUUGGACAAAGAUGCAGUAACACGGUACCCCAGAUAUAAGAAAUACCAGCUUGCUUGUACCAAGAAUGUCUACAACACAUCACACAUCAGUACCUCAGGUUUUGCAAGCACAUUUGGUAAUGAGAGCUCUGGUAAUGGCCUCAAAUCAGGACUUGCUGUGGGGCAGAUUAAAAGUGAACCUUCGAAUGAGGAAAAUGAUGAAGAAAGCAUCACACUUUGCCUGUCUGGAGAUGAACCUGACAUCAGGGAUAAAGAGGGGGAUGUUGAAAUGGAUAGGAAACAGCCAAGUCCUACUUGUGUUGACAGGUCUAAAAGUGGGUCCUCUCCUUCCUGCUUAAGGUCUUUCUUCAACAGAACAAAAAAUGUAGAUUUGGUUGGCUUCCCAAGUACUUCCCAACAGCACUUUGCCAGGAGUCCAGCAUGCCCUUUUGAAAAGGGGACAACUCAGGGUGACCACAAAACUGACUACAGCCCUUUCACAGGGAAUUAUGGACAGUCCCAUGCCGUUCAAAAGGAUGCUUCCAACUUCCCCGGAGGAUCGCCUCUCAGGGGGCCUGGUUUUGAAGCUCUUUGUAAGCAGGAAGGUGAACUGGACAGGAGGAGCGUUAUAUUCUCUUCAAAUGCUUGUGACCAAGUAAACACUUCGGUGCAUUCAUAUUCUGGUGUGAGCAGCCUGGAGAAAGACCUCGCUGAGACUUUGCCAAAAGGUCUGUGGGCUGGAGGCAGCCAAUCCCUUCCUAGUUCACAGACCUAUUCCCACAGUGGACUGACAGCUGAUCACUUGCCGGGAAGGAUGCGGCCUAACACCAGCUGCCCAGUGCCAAUUAAAGUUUGCCCUCGCUCUCCUCCUUUGGAAACCAGAACCAGGACCUCCAGCUCAUGCUCCUCCUACUCAUAUGCAGAGGAUGGCAGUGGUGGUUCUCCUUGUAGCCUCCCUCUGUGUGAGUUUUCAUCUUCCCCCUGUUCUCAAGGAGCUCGAUUCCUGGCCCCUGAGCAUCAGGAGCCAGGCAUGAUGGGAGAUGGAAUGUACAACCAAGUCAGACCCCAGAUUAAAUGUGAGCCAUCCUAUGGAACAAACUCCAGUGAUGAGUCUGGGUCGUUCUCAGAAGCAGACAGUGAAUCAUGUCCUGUGCAAGACAGAGGGCAUGAGGUGAAACUUCCUUUCCCCGUUGAUCAAAUCACAGAUCUUCCAAGGAACGAUUUCCAGAUGAUGAUAAAGAUGCACAAGUUAACCUCAGAACAGUUAGAGUUUAUCCAUGAUGUCCGCCGGCGCAGCAAGAACCGGAUCGCAGCUCAGCGCUGCCGCAAAAGAAAACUGGACUGUAUUCAGAACUUAGAAUGUGAAAUCCGCAAAUUGCUCAUCACACAUUAUCUCCAACUUGUUGAUUCACCAAGCAGACUAGAAACAUUGGAAAGAAAUUGAAGAACCAUGAUAAGGAGUGCAAAUGUAUAGAUAAAUGAGAUACCCAGCAACAACAAUAGGAAUCUCUCAAAUGAAAAAAUAUACCAUCAAACCCACCUCCAGAGUUUUGUUCACGGCUGAGAUGUGGCCAGAAUGUCUUAUUUCCUGGUGUCGAUAGCAAUGAUCUCAGAUAACUUUAGAAUAUGUUCUCUGCUUGAACACUUCUGUGGUCAAACCAACCCUAAAAGCACCUAUAUGAGAAAUGGUAUCUUGUGUGAGAGAUAAUAUUAUGCCAUUAUUCAAUUCAGUGAACAUGACUCAAGAAAUCAUAACUCCCUUGAAGUCCUGUGCCCAGGCCUGGCAUGACAGUAGCCCCCAUACUUGGAAAAGCAAAAAGUCUGCUCACUGCUGCAUCACCACUACUUAACAGAGGGAGUAAGCCCCUGCAAACAGGGGACAAGAAAAGGUCCUGGCUUCUAUCUAGACCAGAUUGCAGAGUUGAGCCAACACAAUCUGCUCCACCUUGUGGAUAGAAUAGAUCUUUGUGUCUCAGUUGCACACAACCUGACCAUGUGUGCAGAGGGCAAUAAUACCAGGAUAGAUUGUACCUUAAGGCACUUUCUCACCUGUUUUUCUCCUGAAACAGUGUGGCUUCUCACUGCUACAAAAAGCAGCAGUAGCAGUGCAGCUGUCGUUAAAUGUACAUUUUGCCUAUUAAAUGUACUCCUCAGACUUCAGGUGGGAGAUUUAAGGGCUAAACUGCAAGUGAAAUAAAAUGUGCAUAUAUUUCAAAUUUUAGUGAAGUACUGUGGCCACGUGUUAUGUUGCUCACAGAGGAGUUCACACACCAUGAGCACUAUGAAGGUGAAGGUUGGGGUAGUUUAUCAUGAGGGCUGCAAGAUGGAUUUACAGCACGUGACCAAAAAAUUCCAAUUUAGGGUCCUACGGUCAUUCUGAAGCAUCAGUAAUUGAGGAAAUGGCCCUGUUGUCAAAGACACUGAGCACGUAUUAACUUCGUGCAUAACUUCGGGAGUUGCAAAUGCACAGCAGCACCUCAGGCUAUCUUUAUUUCAGUGCCUAAAUGUGGAUGUAAGAGCAUAACGCCACAUCCCCACAAGUGAACAUUUUGGGAUUCUAGUGAUAAACUAAAUAACUAACGAAACCUAAGGAACUAAAGCUGAGAUUUCCUGAUGAGGUACUGGAUGCCGAGUUUCCAUUAAAGCCAUUGGGUAUUGGAGUUUGCAGAUGUCAGCCUAAGUGUCCAGCUUAAUAAAUCCAUUUUGACACAUACUCAUGUUUAGGUUGAGUUUAAUGGCGCUUGAAAAUGUGGGGCCUGUUCAGUUGAUUAUUAAGACAAGAGGUUUCCCAUUGGGAGUGGCUCUUAGUGUUGCUUUGUUAAAAUAGUCAUGUUCACCCAUGCACAGUGUAUCAGGAAUGAGGCUGAGUCCAGUGGAAGAAGCCAAAUAAUCUAAUGGCACAGAGAAUGCAGAAUUUACUGUCUAACAUGGAGCAAGUUACCUAAUCUCUCUGUGUCUCUUAGUUCCCCUGUCUGUGAAAUGGAGGUGACUUUUGGACCUCACAGGAAAGUAGGGAGACUAAAUCUAUCAAGAUUGGGAAAACAUUCAGACGCUGUGAUGUUGAAGCCUUCAAAAAAUAGGGACAAAGAAAAUCUUUUUAGUCAGGCACAUAAAAGAGGAGUCGUAUAUUAAAUAGCUGCUUGCUUUAAUAAACAUUGUGCGUGGAGCAAGCAAGUUAGAGCCUGCUUCAGUGACCUAGUAAGGAAGGUACUCCUCUGGGUUCUGAACCCAGAACAGCUUAAGUUUUGCUUAGUUAUUUAAUACCAAAUAUGCCUGUAUUAAAUAAUUAUUGGUCCACAGUGUAUAAAAGGGCUCCUUCACUCCCUCCCAGGGGAGUGUCCCCCCUCACUGGGCCAGAGUUGGGUUCUCUCUUGUUUUCUGUUAAUUUCCAUGACUCUUACACUCUUGGAUGCCCAGUGGGCCCAUUUCAAGAGGGGGAGUAAAGGGUUCUCUCAGGCUAAUCUACCUCCUAAUCUCCUGGUUAGGGAUCUUUCCUAGGAAGUAGAAAAUAUGAGGCAAAUGCCUCCUAGAAAGCCCAGGUCUGCCACUUUCUGAACAAGUGCCAUCACCAGUAGGCCAUUGAGAAAAAAGGUGAAUAGGCCAUCUUGCUUCUCCUUGUCCUGACCUAGGUGCAGUUCAAUAAGCCAUGAAUUUUGGCAAGUAUUUGAUUGUGAAUCCCACAUUAACAGAAAUGCUCAACUUGGGGUUGCAUAAAUGCCACCCAUCUCCCAGAGAGAGUCACAAUUCCAGUCGCUUACCCCUUGUCUACACCUCCCUGCAUAGCGUCCUGGCUGCUAUGAAUCCUGACCAAAAGACACUUAAAUGUCUCAUUCAAGGACUGAAGACCCAGAUACAUGAGGUGGUUAAUUCUACUUAGGGGUGCAGACAUGUAAAUUUUGGCAAAACGAAGCAUAACAUUCUCAUGCUGGGCUCAUUUUUAAAUCUGGACCUAAUUCCAGUAGUGAGGUUUUUAUUCUGUCUAUGCCAAUUAGCCAUUAACAAAAAAGCACAACAAAUGGCUUUUCUGAGCAUGGAAAACUAUCUGAGAUUAGCUGUUGCCCCUUGAAUUCACACCACACUUCACUCUAGAUUGUAAAAGUAAAGACAAGUCCUGACUGGUUUGUUCCACAUCCGCCAUAGCAGCUUAAUUCUAACAGACUGGUAUUUUUAUAAUUUUAUAAUUUAAUGUAAUACAUCCUUCAGGGGCAAAAUUGCUUAGAACCCUGGUAGACACUAUACUUAAGACCUGAUUAACCAGUUGUGUCUUAAAUAGUAUCCUGACCACACAUUCAGACAAUUAAUGGUGCAAUAAAAAGGAAAUAAGCCAUAACAUUAUUUCAUAAAAUAUGUGGAAUAGUUUUGCCGUGGUUUCCAUCACACCUUAAAUAAAAGAUAUGACAGGGUCCCUGCCACACAACCUGGCUGCAUGGUGAGGCUUUGCGGCUGGCCCCAGUGUAGUCCCAAGGGUGGGACCCACAAUCUCAGCCCCAGGACCACACCAGAGUUGAACCAGCUCCAGUUCAGUCCUAGGGCUGAGAUCAACAGUCAGUGAUUGUUAGACCCAGCCUUGGGACUGAACUGGAGUAAGUUCAACAUGCUGCUGUAGUCCCAAGGCUGGGACUAAUAAUCAGCUGCUUGCAGGUCCCAGCUCUCGGACUACACCUGAGUGUCAAACUCAUUUCAGGACAGUCCCAGGACUGGGACCAACAUAGGAAAUAGUAAUGGCAUGAUUGGGAUCUAAUCCCCAAUCCCAAAAUCGUAUGUCCUACCAUGCACAUGUGACAUAGCAGGAGGUGCAAAUGUUGGGAUCAGGGAACAGAUCCCAUCACACCGUUAGGUGAACCAAUGCCAGGGGUCUUAGAUCCUUAUAAUUCUGCUAAAUCCAAGACAGGAGUCCUUGUCACUAUGGGACCAGGCCUCUGAUAAAUUUCAAGAAUCAAAAAUCUUUUCUUAGGGGGAAAAGACUUACUUUUUCUCAAAUAAGUCUCAAAAACAUGAUAUAGGAAAUAGGCUGUGUAUGCCUGUAUAAUAUAAUUCUAUAUAAAAAAGAUUAUGGUAAAAGAACCCUAAAUAAAGUUUGGAGAGGUUAGGAAAUGACAACAUUAAGAUAACUCAGGUAAACCUUAACUCUCCCUCCUUGACUGUAAGCAUUUCAGGACAUUUGUCAGGACUGCACGUUAGUUUUUUCCUUUGGAACACAAACAGCUAAACUCCCCACUGACUUAAAUUGCCACAUGAUCACACCCUUUCAUGAAAUUACUGUGCCACACACUGUGGGUGACCAGUAUGUCCCCAUUUCACCAUUUAUGGAAUGCUAGACUAGACUAGACUGCUUUACUUCUUAUUAAAAUGGGAUUUUCCCACUGUCUUUAUUUCCUAUUCCUCAGCUGCCUUCUGCCACUAGUGGUUUACUAGGCAAUAUAUGAAAUGGUAUUCCCUGCAGUUGAUAUUAGUCUUUUUCUGUAUGCUUUCCUCAUAGACCCAUCUUUCUGUUCACUUACCUUCCCUGUCAUCUGCGCACGCACACGCGCACACACACACACACACACACACACACACACACACACACAGAGUACAUUCUCUUACAUAAUGUAUCCCCUUCUAGAUGCACUUUGGCAUCUGCUUAAUACUUUUAUGCUUGCUUGGUAGAUUUAUCAGUAUUUUAGGAAGUGGUAGUUUUCGGGUAAUCUCUCUGUCUCUCUCCUAUACCCGUGGCUUCAUUAAAGCUGUAUGAUCCCAGCAUGGGCUUUAGACUCAUCAUAAACUAAAGAUCACUGUAAUCUUGCAGCUAACUUUCUGACAUGCACUGUCUUAAAGCAUUGGGAAAGUAUCUGUUAAUACACAAAACUUCACUCAGUAAUUUUAUGCUAUUGUCUGUGUUUAUGUAGGAGGUCAGACUAGAUAUUUAUGCUAAUUUCUCUUCUGGCCUUAGAUUCUAGUUUGUUGUUUGCAUGAAUUCAAACCUUUCUUUAAUUGUUAUUUUCCUAGUGUUUAAAGUAAUUUUUUCAUUAAGAAAAAACCCUUUUCUCACUCACUUACUGUGUGUAUGUAAACUGAGCUGUACAUUCCUUCUCUUCUAUAAUACAAGUUCAAAGUCCUGCAUGAGAUUAGGUUACCUGAGAGACCCUGUCUCUCAUUCCUUAACUUCCUCCCAUAAGAUCUUCAUUCCACUGGUAUAACAAGACACUCAGCAAUUGUAUGCCUGAAUGGGAGGAGACAUGUGAGUAGAGGACAGAGUUUCUACCUGUGCUGCACUAAGCCUGUGAAACACACUGGCAGAAAUAAGAAAAACUGUUGCAGACUUUGUUGCAUUCAGAGCUAAGUAUAAAACUCACCCAGCCCUUUCUCCCCCUAUCCUAAAUCUGGAAGGGGCCUUCUGGGCAGUUGAGUCCAAUCCCUCCAUUUGCAGGCAGUCUUUAACCAUACAAAUCCCUCAAAGCACAGCUUCUAUCCCCAACUCGCAACAUAAUGAAUAGUAUCUGAACAGCACCAUCAUGGUACAAGUCCUUUUUAGUAAGGGAAGGGAGAGAGAUUAUAUUGGUAGCAAUCUCAUAAUGACUAAUGAAGACAGAAUAAGUCAGAUACUGCUGGUUUCAUUCCAGUAGAGUGGAGGUCACAUGGCACACGGGGCCAGCAUGCAAUCUUCUACUCCAGGGUGGUCAACCUGCAGCACACAUGUCACAAGUAGCAUACGCUGUCUCUUUGUGUGGCCUGUGGCAGGUCAGGGAAAGGAUAGGCAGCACAGUGGCAGAUAGGACAGGAAACAAAGCAGGGCAGGAGAUUGGUCAGGGGACAUAGGGCAGAAAGCAGAACAGAUUGGGCAGGGAGCACAGGGCAGGAUAUAGAAAGCAGAGCAGCAGAUUAAGUGGCACUCAGAGAGAGAGAGAGUAUGGGGCUAAUUCGUGGCACCCCAGCCCAAAAGGUUGGCUCCCACCAUUCUACACUAUGCAAGUCUCUCAAAGAAACUGAGUGCCGUGUGAGUGCAGUGAACUCUGUGCUGGCUGAAGUCUUCGUGGGUGAUAAUUGCCUGCUCCAGUUGCAUGCAGGCUGAAACAGUAGGUCAGGAAGGGAGCAAGCAAUGACACAGCCCACAGGAUCCACAUCUACAUAGAUCUUGUUGUUCUAGCAACCCAACCAUCUCACACAGAGGAGUUAUAAAAAGCUUUGUUAGCUGAAAUGUAAACCAAAGUGGGGAUGCACACACAACUGCACUUCCAUGCACACAGAACUGGAAGGGAUACCCUGGGCAAUUGAGUCCAGUCUCUUGCUUUCUCAAGCAGUCAUUAACUGAAGGAUCCCUAAAAUCAUUCCUCUCCCACAGCUACAGGGGACAAUAACUGAAGUGCUUUAAAAGAAAAAAGAAAAAAAACCUUUAACAUGCACUGUAAACCAUGAGAGCACUACUAGUGCCCCCCUGCUUCAAUGAUGGGAAAAUGGUAGGUUAAUAAGUGCUCAGAAGAUCUUAGGAAAAGGACCACAUGCCACAGUACGGAGGAAGGCAACCCUCUCCCCACCCACUAGUCAGUACCAGCCUGACCAGGGGGACUGGCUCUGGGUUAUAAAAUGAACUGUACUUUCCCAACCUGUCCUCACUUGAUCCACCUGAUAACACCUCAUACUUUUGUAGAUAGUGGAUUUCCCCCAAUAGGAAAUCUUCUUUUCUGAAUCCAUGUAUCAGUAGCCAGAAUAGCAGAGAAGAAAGCAACAGCCGUUCACAGUUAGUAACCUUAUUCUGAUCCAAUCAAACAUCUUGUUAGCAGUGGUUUGUUGGCAGGACACACGGAGGCCCGGUUAUGAAAUGAGGAUGUGACUUGUGCUCUGCUGCAUAAAAUCAGAUGUCAUUCAGUUUUACGCAGUGGUUAAUGGAGUAUAGAAACCUGGAACAUGGCCUUAACAGCAUCAAGUGGAUGGGCCUUUAGAAAGCUAAGAUGCCUUCUUUC